AGGAGAGGGUGCCCGAGACCUGGGAAGCGGCUCUGUACUGCCCGGGAUUUCCCGAUCUAUCAGGUCGCACUUUAAGGAGGAUGGCGCUGUGGGGAGCCACCAACCCGGACCCGGACCCGGACGAUGUCCUGCCUCUCAAGCCGUGUCUACUGCGCCGCAACCACAGCCGCGAUCAGCACGGCGUGGCGGCCUCCUGCCUCGAUGAGCUGAGACGCAAAGCUUGCGAAGUACUGGCCAUUGACGAGUCCCUGACACCGGUCACCCUGGUCCUGGCAGAGGACGGUACAAUAGUGGACGAUGACGACUACUUCCUUUGUCUGCCUUCCAAUACCAAGUUUGUGGCAUUGGCCUGUAAUGAGAAGUGGACGUAUAACAAUUCGGAUGGAGGAACAGCCUGGGUUUCCCAAGAGUCCUUUGAUGCCGACGAAACAGACAGUGGAGCUGGGGUGAAGUGGAAGAAUGUGGCCAGGCAGCUCAAAGAGGACCUGUCCAGCAUCAUCCUGCUCUCAGAAGAGGACCUCCAAGCACUCAUUGACAUCCCGUGUUCAGAACUGGCUCAGGAACUUUGCCAAAGCUGUGCCACUGUCCAGAAGCUCCAGAGCACGCUCCAGCAGGUGCUCGACCAGAGAGAGGAGGCCCGCCAGUCCAGGCAACUCCUAGAGCUGUAUCUCCGGGCCCUGGAGAAGGAGGGCGCCAUCUUCUCCAACCAGGAAGAGCCCAAAGCCGCCCUCGGUGGAGACAUGGAUACGGUGGACACGGGCAUCAGCAAAGAGAUGGCUUCCGAAGUGGCUCUUAGAAGCCAGAUCCUUACUGCGCUGAAGGAGAAGCCUGCUCCAGAGCUGAGUUUAUCUAGUCAGGAUUUGGAGCUGGUCUCCAAGGAGGACCCCAGAGCCCUGGCUGUUGCCUUGAGCUGGGACAUAGAGAAGGCAGAGACGGUCCAGCGGGCCUGCAGCGCGGAGCUCGCCCUGCGCCUGCAACAAGUGCAGAGCUUGCGUUCCCUCAGGAAUGUCUCCAUGAGGAGGGAUCCACUGCCUGAGGAACAGCAGAGCCCCAAACGUGCCAGACAAGACCCCAAGUAGCUCCACCGGAAGCAUGCUUUGCUGAGGAAGCCCUUGGUUUUGUUAGCAGUGAACAACUUCCCCUUCCCGCUGUACUGCUGCCCCCAUGCUGCUCUGCCUCCUGCCUUCCAGGAUGCUGGUUUAGCAGAGGUCGCCACGCCUCCAGAAAGGCCGCUCCGGUCCACAUGUGCCCUUCUACCUCCUCUCGGUGUACUUAGAUCUUCAUUUUUGUUUCUUGUAUGUGUAUGAGUGUUUUGCUUGUCCAUGUGUAUGAGUGCAUGUAUGUCCAUGUACCACGUGUGUAUCUUGAGUCCACGAAGGCCAGGAGAGGGUGUCAGGUCCCCUGGAACUGGAGUUACAGACUCUGGGUACUCUGGAAGAGGAGCCACUGCGUUUAGCCACUGGGCCAUCUCUCCAGCUCCCAGAAUGUCCUCACUGUAUGUUCGGCCUAAGUUGUCAAGUAAAAGUAUUGUCCAAGGCUGUGAAAAUCUCUUACUUUGGACUCAAUGUCCUUAUUAUACAACUUGAACAGUAGAGUUUUAGACACAGAUAAGGAAAGAAAAGGCUAACACAGUGAUCGUGGCCAUGAACUUGCUUCUCAAGCUAAUGAAUGUGGCUGCUGUUUGUUUAAAGGCAUAUUCUGAAUCUGCAGCCCCCAGGGACGUGGAAUCUAAGCCACCAUCUCUGGUACCCGACUCAGGACUGCGGAGCUGUCGCCUCUGCAAAACUCCAUUCCAUUUCCUAAUAUGCUCUGCCAGCAGGGGGUCCAAAGCGUCAUUAAGUGAUUCUCGCGUGCUCCGUGGGUCCCGGUCUCCGCAGAGCACAGCACUUCUGGCUUUCUCUCCCGUAUCUGCUCAGGCUUCUGCAACUUCGCAGCCUACAGUGCUGGCUGCUUUCAGGGAAAGGACGCUCAGUUUCCGGGCAUUUGACUUAUGUGUGCUGGGAAGAAAGCAGCGCUGUCAGCCAGGCAGUGGUGGCGCACGCCUUUAAUCCCAGCACUCAGAGGGCCGAGGCAGGUGGGUCUUUGUGAGUUUAUGGCCAGCCUGGUCUAGGAGCUAGUUCCAGGACAGGCUCCAAACUACUGCACGGAGAAACCCUGUCUCAAAAAACCAAAACCAAAAUAAAACAAAACAAAACUAGUACCGUUGAGAGACACAUGCCUCACUUUUCAUUUGUGUGUGUGUCUGUGUGUGUGUGUAUCUGUGUGUGUAUGUAUGUGUGUGUGCGUGUGUCUGUGUGCGUGUGUCUGUGUGUGCAUGUAUGUGAGUGUGCGUGUCUGUGUGUGU